CUCGCUUCGACAGAUGGUCUGUGUCAUCUCACCGCUCCACUGACAUCUACCUCCUCCAGGCUGAUGUUUUAUGUCAAAACUGCGCCAGCCUUGACGCGGGCAGGACCGGAAAUUCCCUUUAAAUGGCUACUCUCCAGGCGAAGACUCCGGUCUACCGUCACCUCCACCACCUCGCCGACCCAGACGGAGCAGCGGGACGAUGUCAGCAGCCGCGGCGGCGCUCAACAUGACACGGCGCGGCCGGAAUCACCCGGACAGCCGGACAGAGGAGGGAGAGACGGAACCACCACCAAGGCUGCUAAUGAGACCUUCGUAGACUUUGAGCAGACCCAGGAGGCUUAUAAAAGCAAAGACUCAUUAGAGCUGAUGAGAAGUUUGGUGGUUUUCAAACUCUGUUCCUAUGACUUCCUGGUUGAUAAGAAUAAAGAGAUAAUGGAUCUAGGUAAGAAGAUCCUGGGCCGGAGAGCCUUCGACCAGUUCAUGAAGAUGACAUUUUAUGGUCAGUUUGUAGCUGGGGAGGAUCACAGAGCCAUCAGGCCGCUGAUCCAGAAGAAUCAGGCCUUCGGCGUCGGCUCUGUUCUCGACUACAGUGUUGAGGAAGACAUCAGCCAGGAGGAGGCAGAACAGAAAGACGGCAGAGGCUCAUGUGUAUCCGCUGCAGAGAAAGAGAGCAUAGGCAAGGACCACAGUGAGAAAAAAUAUAAAGCACACAAACAGUUUGGGGACCAUGGUGGGAGAGUGACCGGAGCUCACACGUAUUUCUACGCUGAUGAGGCCAAAUGUGACCAGCAUAUGGAAACCUUCAUCAAAUGCAUCAAAGCAUCUGGUGGAAGUUCAAUGGACGGUUUCUCUGCCAUCAAAAUGACUGCUCUAGGACGACCUCAGUUUCUGCUCCAAUUCUCAGAGAUCCUGGUGAAAUGGCAGCGAUUUUUCAUCUUCCUGGCAUCACAGCAGGGGAAAGAUGGCAUGGAAGCCUUAGAGCAAAGGCUGGAGCUGAAACAGCUACAGGAAUUCUUGACCGAACUGGGUGCAAAAGGCGACUUCUAUGGCUGGUUUACAGGCAGGAAAGAGGAAACGUCAGGGAGCAUUGACAUGCUCGACUGGAACAGCCUAAUAGAUGACAGAACAAACACAUCAGACCUCCUGGUUGUCCCGAAUGUAAAGCUAGGUGAGCUGGAGCCUCUGCUGGAGAAGUUCACCGGAGAGGAGGAGAAACAACUGCAAAGGAUCUUACAGCGUAUGGACAUCCUAGCCCAGCAUGCCCUAGAGAACGGUGUUCGCUUGAUGGUGGAUGCGGAGCAAACCUACUUCCAGCCAGCUAUCAGCAGGCUGACGUUAGAAAUGCAGAGGAUCUACAACAAAGACAAGCCUGUCAUCUUCAACACGUACCAGUGCUACCUAAAGGAGGCCUAUGACAACGUAACUAUGGAUGUAGAACUGUCACGGCGUGAGGGCUGGCAUUUUGCUGCCAAGCUGGUGCGUGGGGCCUACAUGUAUCAGGAGCGAGAGAGGGCCGGAGACAUUGGUUAUGAGGACCCUAUUAACCCUGAUUAUGAGUCUACCAAUAGAAUGUACCACAGGUGUCUGGAUUGUGUGCUGGAUGAGAUUGCACUCAACAGAAAUGCCAACGUAAUGGUUGCUUCCCAUAAUGAAGACACAGUGAAACACACCAUACAGAGAAUGAAUGAGCUGAGUCUCUUUCCCACAGAGAACAAGGUGUACUUUGGUCAGCUCCUGGGCAUGUGUGAUCAGAUCAGUUUCCCAUUGGGUCAGGCAGGCUUCCCUGUCUAUAAGUACGUCCCCUAUGGGCCAGUCAACGAGGUGAUGCCAUACCUGUCUCGGAGAGCCCAGGAGAACAGAGGCUUCAUGAAGGGCGCCCAGAAGGAGAGGGAGCUGCUGUGGAAGGAGCUGAAACGCAGACUUGCCUCUGGGGAGCUUCUCUACAGACCGGUGUACUGAAAACACAGAAGAAGAGACAGCGAGGAGAGUGUGUCAACGUGCUGAGUUUUUUUUUUUUUCCAUAUCUUUUCUGGUUGACGGCUGCUGCUGUGACUGUCUGUUCUGUCUCUCCCUCAGUACAGCGCUCCCUGGAUGUACAGUAUAUCUCCUGUUCUCCCCUGUCCCGGGGUUUUCUUGCUGAUGGGCCGUUUCUGCAUGUCACUCUCUUUUUCUGUCAUCCCACUGUUGUUUCUCUCCAUUUCCUGUUCCCCUUUCUGUUCCUGACUGUUCCACCUUCACUCCUACCUGUAGUUAUAUGUACUCCCCAUGUUCUCCCUAUUUCUUUCCUUAUUUGCCUCUGCAACCAUAAGCAUUCCUCACUUUGUCUUCCCAUUGUCUAUGGAGCUCUGUUAUCCAUCAAGUGGGCAUCUUUACUACUCCAAAAGGACUCCCUAAAAUGUCAACGAGACUGGGGCGGACAUCUGGUUUUAUCACCCUAUUUAUCUUGGAGAGGGACAACAAUAAUAAAAUAAUAGGCUUGAUUUAAAUGGCAGUAAAGAAAACAUCAAUAUUCCCCUCCUAUAUUAUUAUUUUUUUGACUCUUGGAUGGCCGCACAGUAUCCCGCGGAGGCUUCUCUGCACCGUAUAUUUGUGCACCAUGUUUGAGGCUUUUUUGCCGGUUUGAAAAAGAAGCCUGUUUAUGAAUCAAUGAGAAAGUAUAAAUGGUUCCUCGCAGCACAUCCCUACUCUUCUAAGAGUGCUAUUGUAGAGUGUUAUUGUAUUUACCGGAGGAAGCUAUAUUCUUGGUCACUGAGGUGUUGCGAGAGAGUGUUGUGAGAGAGUAUUGAGUGUUCGGCAAGUGAAUCUCCUUUUAAUACAGGUGCAGACGAGUGUGACAGCUUGUUGUUCUUUUUCAUGACAAAUACUUUGUAAGGUGAUAAUAUGUUAGCAGGUUGCCUUUUGGUUUUAUUGCAUUUUGAUUAAUUCAAAUUUUUAUUUUUGACAAUGUAAAUAUGUUUGAAGUGGGUGAUCCUAUUUGUUGAUUUUACAUGUCUCACUUUAUGGA